CCCCCAAUCUUGCAUAUUCUUGUCUUCGAAGCGAAACCGUCGGAAGAAGAAGAAGACGAUGGCGAUCUCUGUCUCAUCCAUGGCUUCCUUCCUCCUGCUGGUGUCCCUAUCCGUCUUCCUCACCGGGCCUUCCCUUUGCGACGCUCUAGUAGGGGGGAAAUCGGACAUCCCGAACGUGAAGUCGAACAAGGAGGUUCAGGAUCUGGGGAGUUGGUGCGUGAGCGAGUACAACAGCCAGCAGCACCGGAGCCUGACGUUCAAGGAGGUGACGUCGGGGCAGCAGCAGGUGGUGGCGGGGAUGAACUACUACCUCCACAUCCAGACCGUCGAUGGUGGCGCCACCAAGUACUACGACGCGGUCGUCUGGGUCAGGGCCUGGCUCAGUUCCAAGCAGCUCCUUUCCUUUCAGCCCGCUGCUUAAUUAGGCCGCCCCUUCGUCUGUAAUUCUCUCCCCCCAUCUCGCGAUGGGGGCUUUUUGUGAAGUUGGUUUUUUUCUGUGUUUUUGUUGGUUCUGUGAACGGCGAAGUAGUUGUUAAUAAAACGGAUUUGGGGUAAUGGAGGAUUUCUUGGGGUUUCA